AUAAAAUUAAAAAAUAAGAAAAUAAAAAAAUAACGAAAAGUCAAAAAGUCAAGAACCUCCCUACUCUUUCUUUUUCCUCCUAUAUAUAUAUAUAUAGACAUAGCUCGAUGACGCACUCACUCUCUGCUAUUCUCUCUCUCUCUCCCUCAUAUUUUUCAAACUUUCUCUCUUUCUCCGAAGCUUCAACAAUGGCGUUGGAGUGCUCGGCUUCCCAACUGGCCGGACUGUUAGGUCCGAACUCCACCGAAGCGGCGAACUUCAUCUGCAACCAAUUCGACACCGUUGCGUCCAAAUUCUCCGACACCGCUUACGCCGUCGAUAGCACAUACCUCCUCUUCUCCGCCUACUUGGUCUUCUCCAUGCAAUUAGGGUUCGCCAUGCUCUGUGCCGGUUCCGUGCGCGCCAAGAACACCAUGAACAUCAUGCUAACCAACGUCCUCGACGCCGCCACCGGUGGACUCUUCUACUACCUCUUCGGCUUCGCCUUCGCCUUCGGAGCUCCCUCUAAUGGCUUCAUCGGCCGCCAUUUCUUCGGUCUCAGAGACGUUCCAACGUCUACUUACGACUACAGCUAUUUCCUCUACCAGUGGGCUUUCGCUAUCGCCGCCGCCGGAAUCACCAGCGGUUCGAUCGCCGAGCGGACUCAGUUCGUCGCGUACUUAAUCUAUUCAUCUUUCUUGACCGGGUUUGUUUACCCGGUUGUGUCUCACUGGUUCUGGUCCGGUGACGGCUGGGCCAGCGCGACGAAUUCGGAUCUUUUGUUCGGAUCCGGUGUUAUAGAUUUCGCCGGGUCGGGUGUGGUCCACAUGGUAGGUGGCAUUGCUGGACUUUGGGGCGCUCUCAUUGAAGGUCCGAGAAUCGGCCGGUUCGACCACUCCGGUCGGUCCAUUGCUCUUCGCGGACACAGUGCCACCCUCGUCGUCCUCGGAACUUUCUUGCUCUGGUUCGGGUGGUACGGGUUCAACCCGGGUUCGUUUACCAAGAUCCUCAGUCCAUACGAAUCCGGCAACUACUACGGUCAGUGGAGCGCCGUCGGUCGGACCGCCGUUACGACGACGAUCGCCGGAUGCACUGCGGCGUUAACGACGCUCUUCGGGAAGAGAAUCCUCUCCGGCCACUGGAACGCCACCGACGUCUGCAACGGCUUGCUCGGAGGUUUUGCAGCCAUAACCUCCGGUUGCUCCGUUGUCGAGCCUUGGGCUGCCGUGAUUUGCGGGUUCGUCGCCGCCGUGGUUUUGAUCUCGUGCAACAAGCUGGCCGAGAAAGUCAAGUUCGACGAUCCACUGGAGGCGGCUCAGCUCCACGGCGGGUGCGGCGCGUGGGGGAUAAUUUUCACGGCCUUGUUCGCCACCGAGAAGUACGUGAACGAGGUUUACCCUGGUAAACCGGGCCGGCCACAUGGGUUGUUCAUGGGUGGCGGAGGGAAAUUAUUGGCCGCUCAUCUGAUCCAGAUCUUGGUGAUUAUCGGGUGGGUCAGUGCCACCAUGGGUCCGCUUUUCUUCAUCCUUCAUAAACUCAAGCUCUUGAGGAUCUCCGCUGAAGAUGAAAUGGCGGGUAUGGAUCUGACCCGACAUGGUGGGUUUGCCUACGCAUAUGAUGAUGAUGAAUCUCACAAGCAUGCUUUUCAACUAAAGAAAAUUGAACCAAAUCACACCACUCCUCCUUCAGUUUAGUAUUUUUAGUAGUUUUUAGUAUUUUUAUUUUUGAUUAUAAAUAAUAAUUUAUUUAUAUGAUAUUUUCCACAUUUUCUUGUAAUAUAAUUUUAUAUAUAUAUAUAUAGAGAUUUUUUUUCUUUUA